GAACGCAUGAAAUAAAAACAGCAACAAAAGUUUUAAUUAAAAAUCUAAGGCGACAAAUAUUUUUUUUAUAUAAAAACGACAAUUAAAUAAAAAGCAAAAAAAUUAACUUUAAGAAAAGCAAAAAAAAAAAAACAAAACAAGUCCAUCAAGGAAGAUAACUAUUAACCCUCAUACGUCUGCAAAUUAUGGCAAAAAAUUUCUUUCCUCUUUGGCAGCAAAUCAUCAAGAAAUUUAUUAUAAAUUUUUAAAAUAUUUCAUCGUAAAAUCUGCGCCCUCUUGCUUCAAGUAGUUAAACUACAUUAAUUUUAAUCUCACAACUUCAACACGAUUACUUUGGGAUCACUUUAGUUAAGUCACAAACCAUAUGAAGCCUAAACUCACCAAACGAUAAACGAUAACAAGUUCAACACAAAGUCAAAUUACAACAAAAAAUUCGUUAGCAAACUGUAGUCAUUUCGAAAAUACAACACUUCACCACCAAUGGCAGACUAUAUAACCGUAGUAGAAGUUGAUGAUCCAACUUCCCAAGAUCCCAACCUAUUGUUGCGCAAAACACCACCACAUACACCCAGUGAUGAAGAUCCCUCUUUUAUAACUGUGUUAUCGAUAAAUAACAAUAAUAACUUGCCACACCACACACAGAAUGUGGGGAAAGGUCUGGACACUAAUGCGGAAACAGAAACCGUGGUGGUUUUUCGUUUACCGGGAGAACGUUUAGGUUUUGGUCUCAAAUUUCAAGGAGGUACUAGAAGCACAGAAAAAGUACAGAAGCUGUUUAUACAAUCCUGUGCCAAGGAUAGUCCUGCGGCUAAAGUAAUGACCUCUUGGGGUCAAUUGAGGGAGGGAGAUGAGAUCGUUAAGAUCGAUGAUAGUUGGGUAAGAGAUAUGACUAGAAUAGAAUGUGUUAAGGGUUUGAAAGAUAAUGUGGCCAUUAAGCUGGAGGUGCGCAAUGGUAGGGGUCUUAAGCCCAUGGAUUUGGAGGAGGAUUAUGAUCAGAGAGGACAUAUGACCACCUUUACCGGGGGUAGUGGUAAAAUGAAAGGAGCACCACCGCCACCACCACCAGUGCCUCCCAGAAAGCUGGUGAAAAAGAACGUAGCUAAUAAAGAAUUAGAGGAAAGUGUGGCACAAAAUACGGAGGUAACGAUUGAGGAUCAAAAUCAAGAGAAAUCCUUUACUCCACCGCCCGAUGCAGAGUUUUAUAUAAAUCUUUUUGCUGAAAAUAAUGGCAAUAAUAACAAUAAUCAUUCUAACUCAAGGCAGCACAAUGCUGGUUCCGAAUCUGAUGAUACGGCCAGCACUAUAUCCACAGUAAUAGAUCGUUAUUCUAUUACCUCCACUUAUUCCUCAGAAUCGGAUCUAUCGGGCUUUAAUUCCCUAACAAAUGGCCAGGGUAGUGUGAUAAAUAAACCAGAAUUGGCUAAAGUUUUAAAGCCUUUUACCAUGUUGGAACAGGAGUUCAAUUUGGCCGGGAAUACGGAACAGGCUUUGUCUAGUGUUUUGGAUACUUCUUUGGAUUUGGAUUUAAAUAAUAUUACUUUGAUACCGGGUAAUAAUUAUGAGAAUAUAGAGUUCAAGACCCAGAAGAUUAAUGUUUAUGAAAACAUGGAAUUGAGGCCUAAAGAGGAAACAAAAGAGGAAAAUGUAACAAUAGCUGAAGACAAAAAGGACGAGGAGGUUAAGCAAUUAACGCCCACACCCAAACCUAGACAGGUUACAGCCCAUAUAGAACCCAAGAAAAGAUCCAUAAUACCCAUGCCUAGAAAAUUAAGCAAUACGGGAAAACAAGCCAUAGAAGUGGCUCCACCUAAGGUGCCAGAUAAUGUGGUACUACCAAGUUCUCCAGCUCCAAAAGUUGCGACGCCUACAACACCCACCACGCCCACAAAUGACUUGCCCACACCCAAAGAAUUGCCUGCUAAGACAAACUCUCCCACAACUCCUAAUGGUGUGGCCACAAGUCCCAAGGAAUAUGCCACCAAAAUCCCUAAAGCCAUUCUCACACCUCAAAGUCAACAGCAGCUAUUAGAACGGGCCAAAACGGAAAGCGAGAUAAAACUAAAACCUCAAAGCAAAUUGGAAAAGUUAAAACUACAAACCAGUGACUUUUUGGAAAAGGAACAAGGCAACAAACAAAAUAAAACUCCCUCACCCACCAAGUCCCGCAUACCCAUACAUUUGGCGAACAAACGUUCGCUGGAAUUGGAAACCUCUACGGGUAAACCCAACAGCAUUAAAUCACCCACAAAUAUACCACGACGCUUAACUAAACAAAAGUCGGAAACUGAUUUAAAUUUAAAUUAUCUAAUAAAUACUCAAUCUAAGGAAUCUAGUCCUCUUAGUAACUCCAAAAUUCCUUUACAACGCACCAUCUCAGCAGAGGCAAAAUUUAAAAGUCCUGAUCGCACUCUCAUACCCAUACUACAACAGAGUACAGGCUCUACCUUAACCUCCUCUUCGGAGAGUAUAAGCAGCACAGCCUCAGGUUCCAAGAAUCGUGGACCCAAACCCAAGCCACCAGAAAGGGUACAGUCUUUGUCCAAAACCAAUAUACCCAAACUAUCACUUAAUAAUGUUACCACUGUAGCCGUAGUGGACCGAUCGCUAACACCCUCCAGUCCUCCCACCACACAAAUGCCCAGUAUGCAGACCUUUAAACAGACCUCACCUAAACCGCAAGAAAAACCCUCAACUCCCCCCUCACCCAGUCGAGAGAUACGUUUCAAAAUACAAACCUAUGAAAGUAAGACACAGACUAAUAAAGACACCCCAAAUGUAUUCCAAGAUCAGGAAGAACAUUUGCCCAGUCUAUUUGAACAACAAAGACGCAGCACACCGCCCAGUACCCGCAAAACGGAGGACUCUUCUUCUACAGCCGACAAUUCCAAAGAAUCUUCACCCUCCUCCACCAUACGCAAUUUAUUUAGGGAACAUUCAAAGGAAAAAGAAGAAGGAAAGGAUGAUGAUGAUAAUGAAGACUUAGACUGCACCACGCCCCCUCCUUUGGUAGUCGGUAAAUGCAUGAAAAUUGAUGACUCCUCCGCACCACUAUACUACUCUAGUUCCAGUAGUGAUGACGAUGAUGAUAUGGUGGAUACUAAUGGUUAUGAGGAAAAGGAUUACAUAUGUGAAGAUGGUGAGAAAUUGGGCCCUCCAGAACUGAUAAAUGGUCCGGGACCUUCUGAGGCCUAUUUCAAUCUCUAUUGGCAUUCUAAUAUGCUGCCUACCAUAGGCGAAGUGGAGGAGGAAUGUUCUUCCCUGGAACCGCAAUCAUUAACAAAUGGACCCAUAGUCAUAGUCGAUGACUUGAGUCAACAGAAACCGGUGAAUAAAACGGAUAACGAACAAACGAAAGACGCAGAGAAAGUAGUGAAAAAAGAAGAGACAACGAGUGCAAUUAAUAAUAAUAAUAAUACUAAACUUAAGAAACCUAUAUUCAUAGGCGUUCCCGUAUUGCCGCCCACUGUGCCGGUAACCGAGUUACAAAGUUUGAAAAAGAAAGAGUUGAAGGAGAAUAAAACCAAAAUGAGUGAAGUGAAGGAAGAAAAAGAAAAACAGUUAAAUUUGAAAGAAAGUGAAGAAGUGAAAGAAAAAGAAAGUGAAGAAAAAGAGGAAGUAGAUGGCAAAAAGAAGGAGGAGUUGAAAAUGGAAAAGAAGGAAGAGAAAGAGAGUUUGGAGCAGCAAAAGGUAGAAAAUGUGAGUAAAGAAGUAAAGGAAAGUGAAAGUAUAGAGAAAGAGGAGGCUGAAGUAGAAAAGCAAACCCAUAGUGAAACUUCAAUGGCUGCAGAAUCCUACCAAACUGCUACUUCCGAGGUGAGUGACAACAAAACCGCCUUAUCCGAGACUAAACAGGAGGUGAAAACCGAAACUAAACAAACUACCACCAAAUCCUCAACCUCCACCACUACCACCACCAAGAAGGUAAUCAAAUCUUCCACCACCUCCUCUACCGUAGUAGAAUCCAAAACUUGCGACAAUUUACUGGAUACCAUAGACGAUUUACCCGAAGAAUUCAAAAAGGUAUUGGUAGAAUGCAAAACUCCCGACUCCCCAAAACCCAUAUCCUUUUCGCUACAACCCUAUACGGAACGUAUAGGAAAUACCAAGAUCACCGUAAUGGAGGAAAGACAAUUUGAAACCGAUCAAAAGGCCUAUGCUGAAAUACGCACCUUGGACUCGAAAACGGGUGAGGAGAAAGUACAGAAAUCCAGUGAAACCCAUAAAGAGAAAGCCAAACUCAAGAAGGUGCACAGUCAGGAUAGCCUCGAUGACAAGGUCAAACAACAGCAGCAGCAACCGAUAACUGUUACCGCCCAAGCGGAAACAAGAUUAUCGGAAGAGGCCUUGAAUCCACAAGAUAAUCAAAGUAUUGUCAGAGGUAUUUUGAAUCUAUCGGAGUGUGGUAAACAAUUGCAAGCCAACGAACAAGGAGGCAUCGAUCUUUUGGAGUGUGAGCAUCAAAUAUUGGAAACUUUCGAGGAUAGUGAACAAUUGCUUAAUCCCCAAAAGGAAGAGAAGUCUAACGAAAAACCUUCGCUUAUACGAGAGCUCAAUGAAACCUUAAUGGUUACAGCAGAUGGUGAAAAACAGGUAACCAAACGUUCGGAGGUGACGAAAGAGGAACUGGCCAAGGAAGCUGAAUUUGAAAAGAAUGAUUUGAUGAAGAAUAUAAUGGAAAUGGAGGCUCAUAAAUUGAUUAAUGAAGAGACCCAACAGUUGAUAGAUUCCGUCUUAAAAGAUGCUGAAAAACAGGUGAACAAACGUGUAGAUUGUAGCAAGGAUUCGGGAAAGAAGGGUCCUAAAUUGGUUAAGAAAACCGAGGAGGAAAAGAAAUUAGAAAUGGAAGCUCAGAAACUUAUAGAAAGUUAUCAAAAGGUUAAAAAGGAGGCGGAGAAACUCUUCCAAUAUGAGGCCGUAGAUGAAAGAGGUUUCGAUUUAAGCGAUUUGGAAAAGGAGCAAGAGAAAGUGGAAGAAACUAAAGAAGAAAGUGACAAGAAGAUUGAUCAGGACAAAGUUAUUGAAAAGGAAGAUGUACCAGCCAAUGUUCAAGAGGUUGUUAAAGAGCCUCAGAUUAAGGCUGAAGUUGUUGCUGAGAACGUAGUUAAACAGCCUGAAAUUGAGAAGGAAAUUGUUAAGGAAUCCAAGCUAGCUACUGAAGUUCUUGAGGUUGUGGAAUCUACACAACCUGUCUUAAUUACAACAGCCAUUUCCUCUCAGGAUUUCAACGACAAUGAACCCCUGUAUGUCUUGCAUAAAAAUAUUAUAGAAACUAAAGAAGUUUCGGCUCCAAUUAAAGAAAUUACAAAAGAGAUAAUUGAAAAUGGAAAGGAAGAACUGAAAGAGGAACUAAUCAAGGAAGAAUCAUCCAAACUAGAGACUCCCAAGAUUAAGGAAACCAAAAUAGAACCUCCUAAAGAAGAGACUCCCAAGAUCAAAGAAAUCAAAACAGAACCUCUUAAACAAGAGACUUCCAAGAUCAAGGAAACCAAAACAGAACCUCCUAAACAAGAGACUUCCAAGAUCAAGGAAUCCAAACUAGAACUUCCAAUACAAGAGUCGUCAAUGAUCCAGGAAACUCGGGUAAAACCUUUAAAACCAGAGUCUCCAAAGAUUCAAAAAACCACAAAGAUCCAGGAAACUCACACCGAACUUUCCACGACUGAGACUCCAAACGUCCAAAAGACUCUCAAAGAACCCAUGACUCCAGAAACCCCGAAGAUCCAAGAAAUACAAACUCCAAAGAUCCAGGAAACUAAAAUUGAAACCACGAAAGUGGAGGUUUCGGCAGACAAAAUCAAAUCUGUUAAAUUGUCACCCAAGCUAAAGAAAUCUUCAAAGAAAUCAGAUACUCCAACGGCCAUUAGAGAACAACCCGCUUCACCCAAAAUGAAACCGAAGCCCACACCAAAACCUAAACCUCCAGUACCACAAAAGAGAACAGAAACUCCUGUUAAACCCAUACCCAAACGUAGAGGUUCUCUAGAGACCACUUCCUAUAUCUCAGAACAAAAAGUCGAAGUUGCAAAACUACCACCACCACCAUGCACACCAACAACAACUCCGAUAAUUGAAAUACCCAAACCUAUGGAACGUAUUAUCGUGGGAGUAGAACAUCAUAUAGUUUUACCCACAACAGUGAUUAGUGCACAUGUGAAUACUUCAAAUGCCGAACAACCUACUCCGGUUAUAACUUUAGCCAGCGAAAGUCUGCCCUCGGUAGAGAAACAAUCUUCUCAUCAUUCAAAUAUGCCUCUGCUGGCACAAACUGCCUCUGGAGAUUUACUGGAAACUAUCAAUUUGCCCAAUGUGGCCUCAAAAUCCUGUGCGGAGUCUGAGAGUAAAGAUCUCUUGACUUCUUCAUCGGCUGAUUCGGUUAAGAGUGCCAUUAAGGUGGAAGCUGUUGUCGAGCAUACCGACGAUGAGGAUUUCAAGGAUGAGCAGCAGCAGGUGCAAGUGGACGAGAUUAAGGUGCAAGAAGAGAAAGAGCAAAAAGAAAAAG